UGAAAACAUUCGCAAUUUCGGAACUUUAAAGUUUUUGGAAUAAGAUCGCCUCAUAAUUAUUUUACAUCUCGCGUAUUAGCAUACUUUCUUUUCUUUUAUUUCAAAUAAGGCUAUGAAAUGUUUUUGGGCCCUACUUCUGAUAUACCUUUUUCACUCGGCGAAUGGAAAAUGUGAAGAAUCCUUUCAGCUGGAAAAUGGUUGGAGUGAAAUGGUCAAUGGAUCUGUACAUUUUCGAUGCGGUUAUAGUUACCUUCUGCAAGGCACAAUGGUGUUCACCUGUGACCGCGGUAGAAUUCGAGGAAAGAAACCGUUUUGUGCCAAAAGCGGAUGCGUUCAAUACGAGCAAAUUGACAACGGAUAUGUUUUGAAUUCUCCUAUGAAGGCUAAAGUCACAUGUCUGGAUGGGUACUACGUGGUUGGACAUCGAUCCGCCUACUGCGAUGCACAGAAGUGGAGUACCCAGUUAGGAUCCUGUAGGAUGCCGAACCACUCGAGCGACUAUUCCUGCGACUUCGAGACCGAAGAUAUGUGCGGUUGGACGACGGAGAAAAAGGUUUUAGGGUCUUGGAAACGGAUCAGUGUGUUGGACGACUUCCAGUCCAUAAAAACAGGACCUCAAACCGAUCACACAUUCCGGAGUUCAGGCCAAGGACACUACGUGCUGAUGGACGACUCCUUCGGCAGCUUCCACUUUCUAUCGCCAGUCUAUCCAAGGAAACUCAGUCUAAAGAACGCUUGCUUUCGGUUCCACUACUUCAUGCUCGGACGGGGAGUGGGCAGCCUGGUAGUCUCCAUUAAGCCCGUUUCGAUGACCUUGUGGGACAUGUGGAACAAGUUCAGGGCCAAUUCUAGCAAACUAAGAAUUACUGGCCCUAGGGGUGCCAAGUGGCUGGAGCACACGAUGCCCAUCGACGAGGUGCACCAGGACUUCCAAGUGAUUUUCACAGCCUCGGAUGAGGGGUCCCGAUUCGGAGACAUUGCCAUCGACGACGUGAAGCUGAUGACUGGUGAGGAAUGCCAAGGUAUCGUAGAGACUACCACCGAACUACCAUCAACACCAGAAGCACCGCUGACCGACCUUGGACUGUUCUACGAAAUGGCAAAUUGCACAGGUUCUUGUGGCCAAGCCACAAUUUCCGGGCGCUACCUUAACGCGGGCUGUGGAUGCCACGAAUCGUGCCUUAGAAACAGUAGCUGUUGCCUGAAUUAUAUUAGGGAGUGCGUCACUGGUCUCGUCACAAAUCCCAUCAACGAGACUGCUUUUGCGGGGCUUUGGAAUCUUAUGGAACGGGAGAGCCUUGAAUAG